AUGACCAAAACUUCCGAGAUUGAGAAAAGGCAGAGUACUCAAAGUAUUUGCCAACGUGUCCGUGCAGGAGGAACGGGGCAACUAGGAAUGCUAUUGUGCUGCGAUAACACAAAUAGCACUAAUUGCUUAGCCAAUCCGCCAACUUGCACUAAUGUUAAUAAGUUAGUUCAAUGUUGGAGCAUUAAGGGACUUGAUGCUUGCAUUAGUAGAAAUGACACAACUUCUCAAGGGGUUUGUUCGCAUCAGAAUGAUGAUGGCAUAUUUUGUUUGGAAGGGAAUACUGAUCGACAAUAUAACAAUACUGAUAAAUACGCUAGUGCAGUAAAUUACAUGUUAAGUCGUUAUACGGCUAAAGAUUCGGUUAACGGAGCUAAUUGCGAGUCUAGCGCAUGUCCACAGAUAGGUUGUGACUAUGUUAACCUUUGUCGUAAAGUGAAUUAUGAAGACUCUCUUGCUUCAGGAGGUUGUCAAGUUGCGAAUGAUCUGGGUGGUACCGAUCCUCUCUAUUAUCAGGUAGAAAUAUGUGGUACAAGCUAUGAUACCAUCAUAGCACCACAGGCAUCUUCUAUACCUAUCAAUACCUAUGUAAUUCGCCCAUCAUCAACAGUAUCAAAUCCGUCUAUCGCAUCAAACCCAUCUAAUAGUGGUCCUAAAAUGACGCCUAGUGCUUCUAUUUCAAAUAACAAUUCGUCUAGUGGUGCAAAUCCAGGAGUAACAGCUGCAAUAGUAAUAACAGUAUUAAUCGUUACUAUCAUAUUCAGUGUAAUAUUUUAUAAAGUUAGAAAAGGAAGAGAGCGAGAUAAUUCCUCUCCAACGACAAGCAAUGCUGAUACUGUGGUUAAUAAUCCAAUAAUUAAAGGAUAUAAAAAUUUAUUUAAAUAG